GGUUGAAUGUACGUGAGGGCAGACAAUGAGGGGCAGGAGAAGCCGGGAGUCGGUAUAAAAGGAGCGAGCGAUGGCAGGAGAUGUGAACAAGACCGACCCCGUCACCCUGUGUGGAGACUCCGGAGCUGGUAACCAACCCUGUGGAUCCUUCAAGUGUCUGAACAUGGGACUGCAGAGAUGGAUAGGAUUCAUGGUCCUUGUGGAGAUGGUGUGGCAAGUCUCCGCAACUGGAACAGGUCCGAUCUCCAGAGAAUGGGGAGAGGAAGCAAACUUGCCCGGGUGGAACGCACGGGCCCCUCGACAAGUCAACAAACAAAGUUCUCCAGAAUGCGGUGUUAGGCCAGCUGCGACCAAGAUGAAAUACACGGAUGUGACGGCACGCAAGGGUGGUUCAGCUACGCUACCCUGUAAAGUACCCACAGGGAAGGAUGGACCCAAGAGUUUUGAGGUCACCUGGAGUAAAGGGAAGAGGACAUUGGCCGUGUUUACUAAAGGGAAAGGUGCGACCUAUCCAGGGGCUCCCGGCCGCUGGACGUUCAAGGAAACAAAAGUGGAUGUGAAACGGGAUGCCACGUUGGUCAUCACGGGUUUACAAGAGGCUGAUAUUGGGAUGUAUUCCUGCACUUGGAUCACUGGCCAAGGGGAAUGUAGACAAAAUAUCAAGCUGACAGUGAAGUGAAACCUCACACUGACCCAGCACAGGCCCCCCCAUGUGACAGAAGCAACAGGCAGUGGCAGGACAGCACAAACACACAAUAACAUCCAUCAUUAUAAACUUCACACACUUAGGCCAACAACAGCAUUCUAUAUUGUAGUCACUUAAUUGAUCAUGAGGGGAAUAGAGGGGUGAACACAAAACAUCUUUUACCUGGGGUACGGGAAUCAAGAACCAGAGGGACAUAAGUUUAAGGUUAGAGGGGCAAGAUUUAAUAGGAACCUGAGGGGCAACAUUUUCACUCAGGGGGCGGUGGGUUUAUAGAACUGUCUGGUGGGGUGGGAAUUGUAACAAUAUUUAAUACACACUUGGGACAGGGAAAGGUUUAGGGGGAUAUGGGGCAAAUGUAGUGCAAUGGGACAGAUCGUGCUUGCAUUGGUAAAUGUAUCAUUAAUGGAAAUAAACUCUCUUGAAGACAGCCGGUGUGAGUGAUUCUUUGUACGCCAGCAUUGAGUUGGGUGUGAACUUUGUGCAACUCUUGCUCACUACGGGCAACAUCGCCGGCUUCUAUGAGCUGUGUCCAACAUUGUCCAUGACCACACGGGGACGGAACAACAUGUGGAAAAUCAUGGAGUCCACAGGUGUUGAGAACAGGAACAAAAAUAACGGGGAAUGUUGUCAGGAACAAAACAGGGGCAAAAGUAAAGGCAGAUGACUAUAUUUAAGAGGGAGUUAGAUGUGGCCCUUGUGGCUAAAGGGAUUAGGGGGUAUGGAGAGAAGGCAGGUACAGGAUACUGAGUUGGAUGAUCAUCCAUGAUCAUAUUGAAUGGCGGUGCUGGCUCGAAGGGCCGAAUGGCCUCUACUCCUGCACCUAUUUUCUAUGUUUCUAUGACACAAAAGUAGGCGGUUUUGCAGAUAGUGGAGAUGGUUGUGAAAAAUUGCAGCAGGAUCCUGAAAUAUUGGCCAGUUGGGCUGAGGAACGGUUGAUGGAAUUUAAUACAGAGUAAUGUGAGGUGUUGUGUUUUGGGGAGUCUAACAUGUGCAGGACCUACACAGUGAAUAGUCCAGCUCUGAGGAAUGUUGUAUAGCAGAGGGAUCUAUGAGUGAAGGUACAUGGUUCCUUGAAGAUGCAGUUGCAGGUAGAUACGGUGGUCAAAAAAACUUUUGGUACUUUGGCCUUCAUCAGUCACAGUAUGGAGUAUAGAGGUUGGGAGGUCAUCUUGCGUUGGUGAGGCAACAUUUAGAUCCCAAUGUUUAAAGAACAGUGAGUCAGGUACAUGGAGAGGCCAGGUUUGGAGGGAUAUGAACCAAACACAGGCAGGUGAGACUAGUGUAGCUGGGACAUGUUGGCCAGUGUGGGCAAGUUGGGCCGAAGGGCCUGUUUCCACACUGUAUCACUCUAUGACUCUAUUACACUAUGACAUUAAAUAAGUAAUGAUUAACAAAAUGAAACUUCACAUAACUCCCAUCUUCUCCUCUGGCUGUCUACACAACACACUCGUUGACUGCAGCAGAUACAAUGAAUGUCACACUGGUGGUACCUGGGCACCUCUGGAAAAUGUUCUUCUCAAGAUGUGAUUGAGAAGAUGAUGUAACAUAGAACAUGGAACAGCACAGGAACAGGCCCUUCGGCCCACAAGGUCCAUGCUGAACAUGAUGCCAAGUU